AUGGCGCCUCUCACGAGACGCCGCAAGCAACAAGAAGAAGCCCUCGCGGCGGCGGCUCCGGUGAUCGCCCUCGCGGACCGGCUCAGCGCGCUUCCCAGCGACGUCCUCCCACAGAUCCUCUCUUUCCUGCCUGCGCACGAGGCCCUGCGGACGUGCGUGCUCGCCCGGACCUGGCGCAACCUCUGGAAGGAGAAGCGCAUCUUCCCUACGCGCCUGCUCAUCACGGCCGCCUUCGAAGAUCCGGCCGUGCAGGAGGACGUCCCAGGCUUCGUGGACCGCCUGCUCGACCUCCGCCUCCGCGAGAUCAAGGACGCGCCCCUGGAGAGCUGCGAGAUCAGCUGCAAGCCGUUGGCAUCCCAGAACUUGACAAGGCUUGAGCUCGCCAACAUAGCGUUCAGAGAAGUGGAUGGCGGCGGCGAGCCUGACUUCUCAAGCUGCCCUGUUCUCGAAGACAUGGAGUUGGUCGAUUGCCUACUCAGUGCUCCCAUGACCUCCCACUCGCUUAAACGCCUGACCGUCAGACGCUGCAAGUUCUGGAACUGCUGUCGUAUUCGUGUUCCACGCCUCGUGUCCCUGCGGCUAGAGACCCUGACUGACAGAGGCCCCCAGCUUGACAGCAUGCCCUUGUUGGUAGGGGCAUAUGUCUACAUUGGUCAUCACGACGUCGACGAUGAUUCUGAUGAUGACAGCUCCUCAGAUCCUGGUGUUACUGAUGAUGAUUCUGAAUUGGAUUCUGGUGAUGACGUUGACGUCAAAGCAGAUACAGAAAAGGGUGUGGUUCUUGGAGCACUACUGGAAUUCCGUUCUUUGCCGACUGCUAAAAGCUGUCGGCAAAGGCCCUAA